UGAGAAAAUGUGUACUAGAGAACUUGUAAAACUAUUUCAGCAUUAAUGAAUUCUUUCAAGUUGUUCUGCUUAGAACUGUUAUAAAUAAAUAGCUAUCUUUGAUGUUAAUAUUUAGUUAAAAUAAUCAGACGUGUUCUGGCUCCCCAGUUUCUGGGAAACCACAAAUAAUAGUUUUGCUUGGUUACACCAUUAGGACUUUUGGACAAGAGAGAUUUGCUCAGAAAGUUCAAGUGUUGGGAUAUAUUUCUUUAUCUGAUUUUUCACUCUUCCAAUAUUCACCUCUACCCAGACCUUCUCCAUUCAAUGCAUCAGAUCUCCAAUAGCUCUGCAGUUGCCAAUGUUACAGCAGAAUAACUGCAUCAUUGUUUCAGUUUGGAGAAUUACAAUAUUUCACUGGCUGCUUCCUUUAUUAAGCCGAUCCAUUUAUGCCCACCAAAAUUCAGUCCCCUAAUUCCAAGCACUGUGCCAUGACUACAGCUACUCUCAGUGAUUACUAACAGUUUUACUGUUGAGCUUCAGUACAGUACAUAUGUCACUGUGCUGCUGAGAAUACAUGGGAGAGGACUAUAACUAAUGGUGCCCAAACCCUACAAUUACAAUUGUCCAUUUUUAGUCUGAUUGCCAACAAACAAAUGAGAAACCAGGACUUUCCUAUCUUAAAGUGAUUCUGUCAAGUCCUUUCUGUCUGAAUCUCAGGUCACAUAAGCAAAAAUCACAAAGCAACAAAAACCAAAGUACAACAUGGUCUUUUAUAGGUCCUGCCCAUGAAUUACAAGCCAGCAUGAAAUCUGAAGCUGGUCAGCUAUAAUUAAGGUAAUGGAUCAAGUACUAGCCCUAACUUCCCACAUGGUUUCUGAGUGCAGAGAAGUGUAUGGCUGGUGUUCUUCUGGUCUGUUGGAGAAAUCAAAAAGUGGUAAGGAGCUAUAAUACCUGUAUAAUACAGUACACCUUCUUUGUACUUGACUGUCACUUUGAGGAAAUGUUUCAGCAAAGCUGGGUGUCACCUGGUUUUACACACCAUGAAUUGCAUUCUUUUCAGCAGUAAUGGUUUUCUUGGGGAAACAAGUCCUCAUUUUCAGCUUGUGUAACAGGGUGUUUCUGGUUAGGGUGUUUGGGUUGCUUGUUUUUAAUAAUGUGCUUAUGGAUAAUAGUUUUUAAAAAUAGAUAUAUUCUCUAGUUUGUUAUGGCUGGUGUUAAUUAAUGAUAUUUGAUUGUGUUUAACAUUACUCUUCCUGUCAGUGACAUUUGGACAGAUUAACCAAACACAUGGAGACAUGGGUGUAUAUUGGCUAUUUGAAAUAGAAUCAUUUUCACAUGCAUAUAUUAUUUUCCAAAGAUAGAAAAUAUUUUUGGAUAAAGGAAGAAUAGUAUUUCUUCUCCAAAUGGCAUUAUGAUAUUUUUAACAUAAUGUGUUCAUCCCAAAAUUACAAAGGCAAAAUUGUAAACUACAGUUUUUUGUGUUGCUCCUCUCCCUUCUAUUGAUGGGAAUCUUCUCUGUUUUACAUGUGUAUUUUAGUCCAGAAUUUUUGCUUCUACAAAAGUAUCAGAGUACCCUGAUUUAUUUUUUACUUAAGGAUAGAGCGGUUAGCUGUAACUAGACUACAAGAUUUUGUUUCUCAGUAAGUUUGAUGGCGAAUAUUUUUCCAGGAGAUCAUUUGUUAUUCCUUCUUUUUUGAUUUUCUAUUUAAUCUCUUUGUUUAUAGCUUGGGUGGGUUUUUCCCUCUGAAGUUGCUCAUUAUCUUGCAUAGAGCAUAUCAUCCCUUCCAAAGGAAGAAAUGGGGAAAGGAGGGAGAGAGAAGGAAACAAAUUCCUACUCAGCACCCUGUGACUCUUUUUUCUGCAUGAUCAGUUCUUUGCUCUUCUCCCACACCCUUUUUGGACCAACUUUUCUAUGCAGGGGAACUCAGGCUCUUUCUUGCCAGGCCUGUGGAGUGCAGAGCAAUGGAUCAGAAUUAUGAUUGUAACAACUUAGUUGUUACUGUGUGUGAAUAACUAAUAAUGAAGUGAAAGAUACUUUGAAAAGUGAAAGUUCUGUGUUUUGGAGGUAUUAAACACUCCCUAGCUGCCAGUGAUGCUGACUACCAUAUGUAUUUCAUAGCUCUGAAAUAGAGUCCUAGUGACAUUCUGGGUUCAUGCUACCUCUAUUCAUCUACUUUGCUACCUAUGUGCUCUCAAUCCCACAGCAGGAGUUUGCUUUCCAGGUGGGAUGUCCAUCUGUCUAAAAUUUUAUAUGCAAAGAUAGUUUCUUCUGAAAUUAAUAGUUUAUGACCAGUUUAAAUAAAAAACUGAGAUGUGAUAAGGAGAUUUCUCACUCUAGUUGAGGUGAGUAAGAAGAAAACUUGUUACCUUUGGUGAAGGAAAUACUCCAUAAAAUUGUGAAGCCUGAGGCUGGGACAGCAAAGUAAAUUCACCUUGAUGUUUCUGUCUCUUCCAAAAAUCUGUAAAUUCAUAUUCUUCAUGGCAGCAGAAGCCAAAGGCCUUCUAAAUUCUUUGAAAUAGAGAACAGAUAUGUAUGUGCAUAAUGCAGGCUUAACGCUGAGUCAAAGAAUCACAGAACCAUUUAGGUUUGAAAAGAUGUAAAGACUUCUAAGAUCAUUGAAUCAGACUAUUAACCCAGCAAUGUCAAGUCCACCACAAAACCAUGUUCCUACAGCUGCACACGUUUUAAAUGCCUUCGGGGAUGGUGACAAAACAACUUCCCUGGGCAGCCUGUUCCAAUGCUUGACAACAUUGGUGAAGAUCUUUUCUCAUAAUAUCCAAACUAAACCUCCUCUGGCAACACUGAAGGCCACUUCCUCAUCCUGUCGCUUGUUAUUUGGGAAAAGAGGCAGAUGCACACCUUGCCACAACCUCCUUUCAGGUAGUUGUAGAGAAAGACAAGGCUCCCCUGCACUUCCUUUUCUCCAGGCUAAUAUAAAUUACAUAUAUAUACAUACAAGUAAUAUAAACUAUAAAUAAGUAAUAUAAAUCCUAGGUAAUGCUAAUGAGAUAAGAAAGUACUAAAACAGUCUGACCAUGCAGGUCAGACCAUGCAGGAGUUUGACUCUACCUGAACAUACAGGGUUCCAGUGGGCAGGAGAUAGUAAUACCCAAUAAUGCAUUUUCUUCUGAGGUUCUUUCAAAGCAUCGUGACCAAUGAAUGUAACACAAACAUAAUCUGAAUGCUGAGUGGGAGGUGGACAAGAGAAGCAUAAACUAGGCCAAGUCUUGAACUUGUUACUUGAGAAAUAUUUCAGCUGAGUAACUAAUUUAAAUUUCAGCUGAGUAACUAAUUUAAAUAUCUGGGAGUCUUCUCUGGGAUACCAGCAUUUGGUAAAUGGAAGAACUAGGAGUUUAUAUAUCAUAAACCCUAGAGGCAUUACUGAAAGUAAAUUAUGUAGAUUAUAUGUGCCAGUGGGGGAGCAGAAGAACUGUUAUUUUCUAGGCUUGUGCAGAGAACUUUAUUUGUUUACCUGAUUUCUUCAGAAGGGAGAAAAAAAAAGACAUCAACAAAACCAACCACCACCCUCUCAAUUAACCCAAACCAUGAAACAGUCUUAUUUCUGAAAAAAAAAAAAAAGAAAAAAAACAAACAAAAAAAAUCCCACACAAAUUGCGAGGAAGAGGUGAGAACCAAAUGAGCAAAACAUAUUGCUUCGUUUCUCUAAAAACAAUUUUGAAUCUAGCUGGUUUCAGUUGUCAUGUCAUUUAUGAGUGGAACAGAAAAGCCUUUAUUUAAUAACAAUUCUUAGUUUAAAUUCACCAGCAUAUCUUCAGUCUUAUUUUAAAUUCUCUAAGUGCAGUGAUGCAAUUUCCCAAAUGUGACAGGACCUUGCAGAUAACUUUCCCAAAUCUGAAUGUUUCUCUGGACAAGCAACUCUCUAAAUACCCUUUAUCUCUGCAGCUAAGUUUUCUAGAUUUAAAUUCAUCCAGUUUUAGUAAUGGUGAGACUCUGUGUCCAGUUCUGGGCUUCUCAGCAUAAGAGAAAAAUGGAGCUUCUGGAGUAGGUCCAUUGUAAGGCUAUGAGGAUGAUGAGGAUGCUGAGGCACCUCAUGGAUAGGGAAAGGCUGGGGUAGGUGGUCCUGUUUGCCCUGAGAGGGAUCUCAUCAAUGCCUGUAAGUAUCUGGUGGCAAGAGGACAGAGCAUCUCUUCUCAAUGAUGCCAGGCAAUAGAGUAAAGGGCAACAAGCAGAAACUGGAACACAAAGUUCCACCUGAACUUCCAUGUGGAAGAACUUCUGCAUUGUGCAGGUGACCAAGUGCUCUAACAGGUUUCCCAGAGAGGUUGUAGAGUCCUCUUUCCCUGGUAAUAUUCAAACUAUGUUAAUCAAUCCUAUGAUAUGUGCUCUCCAUGACUCCACUGGAGCCAGAUGGGCCAGAUGACAUCCAGCACUCCCCUUCUAAUAUCAACUAUUCUGUGAGAGUCAGGACAGAAGCGGUGCUCCGGCGAGGGGCUGAUGGGCUCUCUGUGCGCUUUGCAGGCUCGGACACCCUCGGGUGGCUUCUGAAGGGCGACAGAGGGCAGGAGCCAGCCUGCAUCCCUCUGCAGGUCCCUUAUCCUGGGCGGCUCUGCCCGGCCGCGGCGCCGGCCUUGGUGCGCAGCCCGAGCGGCGGGCGGGCGGUGCCGCCGCUGUGAACCCGGGGCGGGCGCUGCGGAGCCGCCCCGCGGGGACCGCGCCGCCGGGUCCACCGCCACCCACACCUGCGGGAGCCUGCGCGGGCUGUGGAGCAUAGACCAAAAAGAACAAUGAAGGACUAUUCUGCAAAUUCCACAGAACAGAACCUCUCCAAUCCUGAAUCUAGAAGCAAGGGGUGUGAUAAUACUUCUUUCCAGCAUGAAGAACAUGUAGAACAAAUAGACCAGUUAAAGCCCAAGAAGGAAGUGAAGGAAGAUAAGAAGCCAGAGAAACAAAUGGCUGGCAUUCUUGAAUUGUUUCGCUAUGCUGAUGGGGUGGAUGUCCUGUUGAUGAUAGUUGGUUUGGUUGCAGCGGCUGCAAAUGGUACUGGAAUGCCACUUAUGAUCAUUAUCUUUGGAGAGAUGACAAACAGCUUUGUGCUAAGUGGCGUGAAAUCCAAUGAUACUUCAGUAAACAGUUCCAGCUGCCUGUCAGAUCCAGGUGUGGAUAUAGAAGGUGAAAUGACAAAGUUUGCUUACUACUACGUGGGAAUUGGCUUUGCUGUGCUGAUCCUGAGCAUCAUCCAAGUGUGGACAUUUUUGGUUACUGCUACAAGGCAAACUGCAAGGAUCCGGCAGAAGUUCUUUUUCUCAGUGCUCCAUCAGGAGAUGGCUUGGUUUGAUACCACCCAGAUAGGAACACUGAACACCAGACUGACAGAUGACAUCAACACCAUCCGUGAAGGCAUCGGAGACAAGAUCAGUAUAUUUCUGCAGUUUUUUUCCACGUUUGUGUCAGGGCUUAUUAUAGGAUUCAUCUAUGGGUGGAAGCUGACACUGGUGGUUAUGUCAGUCAGCCCACUACUUGCUGCAUCAGCAGCAGUCUGGUCAACUCUCCUGGCAUCGCUUACUGCUAAAGAGCUGUCUGCUUAUGCCAAAGCAGGAGCUGUGGCAGAAGAAAUUUUGACAGCAAUCAGGACUGUUGUGGCUUUCAAUGGACAGCAGAAGGCAUUAGAGAAAUAUGAUGCUAACUUAGAGAUGGCUAAACGUGUUGGAAUGAAAAAAUCCAUUACCACUAACACAUGCCUAGGUCUGUCACAAUUUUUUAUCUUUGGAUCUUAUGCCCUUGCAUUUUGGUAUGGGACCAAGCUCACUGCUGAGGAUCCCCAUUAUGACAUCGGCCGUGUGUUAAUUGUAUUCUUCUCUGUGCUUGUUGGAGCUUUCUCCCUGGGCCAGGCAGCUCCUAACCUGGAGAGUAUGGCCAAUGCACGUGGGGCUGCCUAUGAAGUAUAUAAGAUUAUCAAUAAGAAACGGAUCAUAGAUAGCAGUUCUCAGGAAGGUUACAAGCCAGACAAACUCGUAGGAGAAAUUGAAUUCAGAAAUAUCCAUUUCAGUUACCCUUCCAGACCUGAUGUUAAAAUCCUCAAAGGUCUAAACUUGAAAGUCCAGACUGGCAAGACCAUUGCUUUAGUUGGUGCCAGUGGCUGUGGAAAAAGCACUACUGUUCAGUUGCUGCAGAGAUUCUAUGAUCCUGACCAGGGAGAAAUUACCUUAGAUGGUCGGGAUAUUCGGACCCUUAAUACAAAGUGGCUACGAGAAAAUAUUGGCAUUGUGAGCCAAGAGCCUGUUUUGUUUGCCACCACAAUAGCUGAGAACAUUCGCUAUGGCAGAAAAGACAUUUCUGAUGCUGAAAUUGAGCAAGCAGCCAAGGAAGCCAAUGCUUUUGACUUUAUAUCUAGACUGCCUGAUAAAUUUAACACCAUGGUGGGUGAAAGAGGGGCUCAGCUGAGUGGAGGACAGAAGCAGCGAAUAGCUAUUGCCCGUGCCCUUGCAAGAAAUCCCAAGAUUCUUCUUCUGGAUGAAGCUACAUCUGCAUUAGAUACUCAGAGUGAAUCCAUAGUACAAGCAGCUCUUGAUAAGGCUCGGGCAGGACGUACCACCAUUGUGAUUGCUCACAGACUGUCUACCAUCAGGACUGCUGACACUAUUGCUGGAUUUGAGAAAGGUGUCGUGGUUGAGCAAGGGACACACAGUGAACUGAUGCUGCAGAAAGGAGUCUACUAUUCCCUUGUAAUGCAGCAGGGUUGUACCAGUGAUGUUCAAGAUAAUGGCUCAUCAGAAGACAGCGAAGGCACAGAAUCUGAGGCAUAUGAGGAAAACAUAAAUCCUGUGGAAGAGCUGACUCUUCAAAAUCAUUUUGAAACCCCUGUGAUACCAGGCAGCAUAAGAAGACGAUCCAGCAGAUAUAAGAGCAAGAGGAGUUCAUCUAAAAAUCCCUUUGGAAAAAAGAAGAAACAAAAGGAGGUGGAGGAAGAAAAUCUCCCUGCUGUGCCUUACUUAAAAAUCCUGGCUCUGAACAAACCUGAAUGGUUCUAUGUACUGCUGGGAGUGAUUGCUGCUGCUGUCAUCGGUGCAGUCCAUCCUGCAUUUGCUGUUAUAUUUGGAAAAAUCAUUGGGGCUUUUCAAGAAAGAGAUCCAGAAAAAAGGAGUAAAAACACUGUGUUGCUUUCUGUAAUAUUUCUUUUACUUGGAGUGAUUAUCUUAGCAGCGUACAUAAUCCAAGGAUUCAUGUUUGGGAAGUCUGGGGAGACCCUAACAAUGAGACUGCGCUCUUUGUCCUUCAGAGCAUUACUUCAGCAGGAGAUUGGGUGGUACGAUGACCAGAAAAAUGCUGUUGGUGUUCUGCUAACUCGUCUUGCUACAGAUGCUUCCCAAGUUAAAGGCGCAACUGGAAGCCGACUUGCAUUGAUGACUAUGACUGUCUUUACCCUUGUGACUGCCAUCAUUAUUGCAUUUGUAUAUGGCUGGCAGCUAACUUUGCUUAUCCUGGCCUGCAUUCCUUUUAUUGUUGGUGCAAAUGCUGUGAAUGCCAGCUCUAUGUCUGGUCAUGCUGCAGAAGACCAAAAAGCUUUGGAAGAGGCUGGAAGAAUUUCAACAGAAGCCGUUGAAAACAUAAGAACUAUAGCUUCACUGACCAAGGAAGAAGAAUUUUAUGAAAGAUAUGCUGCUUGUUUGAAUCAUACAUAUAGAAAAUCUCUGAGAAAAGCCCCUUUCUAUGGAUUUACCUAUGGAAUAGCUCAAUGUUCAGAGUAUUUUAUUAAUGCAGCAGUCUUCAGAUUUGGAGCAUGGCUCAUUGUUAAUUGCCUGAGCAACUUUGAAAAUGUAUUUAUAGUCUUCUCUUCUGUCAUAUUUGCAGCUAUGAAUGUUGGUCAGUCUUCUUCCAUGGCACCAGACUACAGCAAAGCUCGAAUAUCAGCUCAAAGAAUUUUUCAUCUUUUGGACAGAAAACCUCUAAUUGACAGUUACAGUGAACAAGGUGAAAAAUUGAGCCAUUUUGAAGGCAACAUUGAAUUCAGAAACGUCCAUUUUGUAUAUCCAACAAGGCCAGAAGUUCAGGUUUUGCAAGGACUCAAUGUGAAAGUUAAAAAGGGACAGACUCUGGCAUUAGUAGGAAGCAGCGGCUGUGGCAAAAGCACAUCCAUUCAGCUCUUGGAGAGAUUUUAUGACCCUGUGGAAGGACAAGUGCUAGCAGAUGGAUUUGAUACCAAAUCACUGCAUUUACAAUGGCUGAGGUCCAGGCUGGGCCUGGUGUCACAGGAGCCCAUUUUGUUUGACUGCAGCAUUGCUGAAAAUAUCCAAUAUGGAGACAACAGUAGGGUGGUUAGUCAGGAGGAAAUUGAAGAAGCAGCUAAAGCAGCAAAUAUUCAUGCCUUCAUUGAAAAACUGCCAGAGAAAUAUAAUACUCGGGUGGGUGAGAAAGGAGCACAACUUUCUGGAGGUCAAAAACAAAGAAUAGCAAUUGCCCGUGCUCUGGUUCGUAAUCCUGCUGUUCUUCUUCUGGAUGAAGCUACCUCUGCUCUUGACACAGAAAGUGAAAAGAUUGUCCAGAAAGCUCUGGAUAACGCCCGGCAAGGUCGGACCUGUAUCGUCAUUGCUCAUCGCCUGUCCACCGUGCAGACAGCCGACAUCAUCGUGGUGAUCCAGAAUGGAAGGGUGGUCGAGCAGGGCACCCACAGCCAGCUCAUGGCCAAGGAAGGACACUAUUAUGCCCUUGUAAAUGCACAAGUCUCUAAUUAGUACUACUUGCCGAGUUGUUGAGGUUUUUUAUUUUGUUUUGGUUUUUUUAUGGGAAGACAUUAAAAUCUCUACAGAGGAUUAUUGUUGGCUGUGUUUGUGCUAACCAAGCAGGAGCUGUGUUGCAGCCUGGUUGCUGUAUCCACUGCAGCCCUUGGGGAUGAGCAGUGCAUGCCCGGUGCUGGGUCACAGGAGGUGCACAGAGGAGUCCUAGGGACUGAACGUGUUGAGCAGUUUGGUGUGUCACAUGCUCUGGAGAGUGUCAGACCUGCUGUAGUCUCACCCACAGCUCAGGUGGGUACCCUGGUCUUUGUGUUCCCCCAAACUCUGGUCCACAGCAGCUGCCACAGACCAAGGUGAUAACAGAGUACGACAGCAGUUAAGCAUCAUGGCUAAACAAAAUGCUGGUGUUCGUGAUUGCUCUUUGGGUUUCUUCACCAGCCAGAUGAAGUCAUAAAGUCUUCUUUAAAGAUGAUUAUCAGUUUUCACUGAAAACUGAGAUUCCAAAAAAAUUACAUUAAAAAGAAGGAUGUUGAUGCAUGGGUUUGGUUUUUUCCCUACUUUAUGCCCCAUUUCUCAUAUUACUGUAUUUCACACAUUUUUUGGACAUUCAAUGCUCUAAUUCAUAAUAGUUAUAACCUUUCCAUAUCAAAAAAACUGCACAAAAUACCAUUGUUUUGUUUAGUAUUUUUCAAAUGCUGACCUUUCAGCGUUUAGUCAUUCUUUGUAUCCAUCAAGAUAAUUUCAAAAGUUGUUUAGGGAGCUGGGAUGGCAUCUAUUGGAGUGGAUUCCUGUCAACCAUAUAAACAGCUUUUCUUUAAAAUAAAGAAAAAAUGAAAAGUU